GUUCCUCCACAGGACCCUCCUGCCGUCUCUUCCUCGGCCACGAUCUGCCACCAUCAACCCUGUAAGCGCAAGCCUCAAUGAGGGACCUUCCUUCGGGGUCCGGGUUGACCAUGGGGCCAUGGAAAAGGUAAAAUUGACGACGGCUGGCGAUGGGCCAGAGGCUGAAAUAUUCAAAUGCAUAUGCACUCUUUCACACCUAAAGAGUCGUCAACAUGCCCAAUUUCGCAGAGUUCACCGUCGAAGAGUCAUUUGCUGAUUUGACAAUCAAGGACAGCAGCAAGAAGGUCUCGAAGGACGAGGUCUCGGGCGAUGCAAUCGCCGAGCAAGGCUCAAGAAACGCUUCUUCCUCUAGUGCGUGUCCUCACCAUCCCUCAGAGGCUAACGACAAGAGAAUGCAUUCCCUGCAAAGCUUUCUGCAAAGUGGCAAGGAAAAGCUGUUGGCAAAACUUUCUGGCUUAUCCAGCGCUGGCGAUGAAAACAUUGUGAUCAUCAUGGGUAAUGACGCAGCAGACCUCGAUUCGGUCGCAAGUGCCAUUGCUCUUGCCUAUCUGCUCACAGCGCUCCCUCACCCUCGCCUGGGGCACGCAAAUGGAAGGACGACGCUAUAUGUGCCGAUCAUCCAAGCGAACCGCUCGACGUCGCCCUUGCGCCCGGAGAACAACCUGGUUCUGCAGAUCACACUGGGCGACAGCGCUUCCAUGUUACGAGACGGUUGGCUACCUAACCUGACAUGGCUCGAUGAUAUUGCCGAUGCACUGAGCGAAAGUACAGCUCAUGAGAGCAUUGCUAUGUCUUCCGCAAAUACUUCGGCCCCUGCCCUUCGUCGGCGCAACAAAUUCCACCAGGACGUUCUUGCGACAUCUCCAAAGCUCGGGCCAGCCAACGGCAUUUCCUUUGGUCUUGUCGAUCAUAAUCGGCUCGGCCCGCUCUGGGGCAGCAAAGGGAUGGAACGCGAAGUAAGGCUGAUCGUCGAUCACCAUGCGGACGAGCAGGCGCAUCUUACUGUACCUCUACGCUGGAUUAAACCACCAGACGCGGAUCCGGUCGGAAGUUGCGCUAGCAUGGUCGCUAUGCUUUUUCAAGGUCAGUGGCUUAGUAAAGAGAAACACACUUCAGGCGGAAUCCCCAUCACCGUGGCCGACUUGCUACUCACGGCCAUCGCGCUGGAUACGGACAAUCUCAAGCUUCGCCCGUUGGGUAAGGGCACUAAGCACGACGCAAAAGCCUACAACCUGCUAUUGCCCUUCUCCUCCUUGGCUGAUCCGACCAAUAGGGCGCGGAUAAUCUCCAACAUCAGCAGCAUGAUGCCGCAACUUGUACCCAACCACUUGAUCACGUCAGCGCUGUUUGGAAGCGUCCCGGAGAAAGAUGUUGCCUUCGCCAAUCAGCUUACGAGCCCACCGUCGCCAGUCCUCGUCAAGCGCACCAAUACGGAGCCCGAUCCUGAUACACCAACGCAGGAGCGCAUCGAUGCAUUGCGCGAUAUGGUUGCUCCAGCUUGGAAAUCCAUUUCGUUCGCCAAGAGGUCGGUCAUUUACCACCUGUCCGCUGACGAUUUUCUCCGGAGAGAUUGUAAGAUCAUGUCGGUCACAGCCGGUGCGGUGGCUAUUGGAUCCAAGAUGCAACUAGAUUUGCAUAUUGCUUUUUCCACCAUCCCUACAUCCAUGUCUGCACUCGUAUACGGCUUUGAGAAAACGCCGAUCAAGAAACCGGAAGAAGAGAGGCAAACGUUGUGGGAUGCCUGGUGGAGAGCUCUCGAUGAUUUUAUGGCGGAGAGUGAUCUCGACUUCGCGAUAUGCUUGAUGAGGUGCCGCGAAAAGCAGCGCACGCAAGACGAAAAGGACAAGCACAUGCGUGAACUGAUCAUCAUUCACCGCCAGUCCACGCCACAAGGGCAGUUGGCGCCCCCACCUGUCUUCUCUGGCCUCCUGAAAGGCUUAGAACAAGAGACGUACAUUUCGGAUGGGGCGGCGUACAAGGAGGCGCCGGCAUCGCCCCUUCGUCUGAUGCUCAAGCAACCGUGGAAAGGAAAAGAGAUACCUUCCAGCGGCAAGCGAGAUCGCCUCGAUCGCGUUGGACUGGAAGGAAACUGGCUCGGCUCUCCGAGCGGAAACACCCUCUGGGUCCGGGCAUAUCGCCAAAGAAAUGCCAAAGCGAAUCGCAAAGUGAUCCUCCCAGUGGUGUUAUCUGUAUUGAAGCAUUUUAAUUUUCCAUAAUGGAGGAC